GUUAUUUCAUUUAUGAAGGGAAGAAAAUGUCCAAACAACAUGGCUCAAUGUAUGACAGCAAUUCCCCCUUUAACCACAACCAUUAAGACUUUGUUAUUAUGACACAAAGCCAUCUUUAAAGACAGAAAGUGAUAGAACAAAUAUCCAAGAUCCACACCAAACUAUAUAUGAAAAUCCAAAGCAAAGGUCGUUCUUUCAGUAAAUACAUAUUCAUAUUACCUACUGUCCAAAACAGAAAUGGGUAAAAGUGACAGACUGCACAAGUUCACAUGGUGUAAGUUGUCAUGCAAAAGGUUAAGGAGGGGAAUAGAGCAAAGUAACAUGCAUUUAAACAAAUGUAAGACAAGCCUGAAUGGCUCAAAGUCAACACAUCUUUCUCUUUGUCGUACGUAAAUAACUUUUUUCGUUUCGUUCUCCAGCCAGUCGAUUUCGAGAUGAACCGGGCCUUCAUGCUGACAGUGGUCGUGUCAAACCAGGCCCACCUGGCCAGCGGCAUCCAGUCUUCACUCCAGUCGACUGCUGGAGUCACCAUAUCUGUGAAGGACGUCAACGAGCCCCCUUACUUCCCCACCAACCCCAAGCAGAUCCGAUUUGAGGAAGGCGUUCCCACUGGCACCAGCCUGACCACUUUCUCGGCUUCAGAUCCUGACAGACUCCAGAUGCAACAGAUAAUCAGGUAUUCAAAGCUGAACGACCCGGCAAACUGGCUGUCUAUCAACAGAACCAGCGGUCAGAUUGUAACAACUGGAAUGCUCGACCGGGAGUCCGUCUACGUAAAAAACAACAUAUACGAAGCUACGUUUCUGGCUACAGACAAUGGUAAGAAGCAGUUUUUUUUCCUCCUCUUUAUUUGUUUGCAAUCCCUCCGUAUCAGAAUGUAAAUCAAACUUGAACUUUUUUUGUUUGAAUUUAAAAGCAUAAAAAGGGGAUGCAGAGUCUGAGAACUGCACAACUGAGCUUAACUCAAAGAAAAUCCUGGAUUCACACAGCUGGUCACACUGCUGAUCCUCUCCUCUCUCCGUGUUUUAUCUUCAGUCCAGACCUGACUUCUCCCUCUGUUUCCUGUCAUUUCUGUCGCAUGUGUUAUUUGUUCUGCCUCAAAGUUGAAACUUAAGCCUAACCAAGCACAAACUCAAUCACAGCAAACAAAUAAGUUCCACUUUACUCAACUGGAAUUGAGUGCUUUUUUUUCUCUUCAAGUAGGAAAUGCCUUUUUCCCCUUUCCAAAUUGCCUUAUCAGUGACACACAGCUCUCUGCUGUGUUUACUUUAAGUUGAACCGGCAUAAAAACUUAGUAGUAUUUCUAAGUGUUUGCAUCUGUGAAUGCUCUCAUGUGCAGCUCUUUUAUGUGUGCAUGUGUGUUUCUGUGCAGUCAAUUGCAAUGAUUGAAAAUAUCAAUGUAUGUGAGGCGGAGAAGCUGACAUCCUCUUACUGUGUUAAAUAUCCUUUUUUUUCUUGGCCUAAUUUA